UACAUACGUUUACAUACCUUUACCUAGGAAUAUUUAUGCGCAUAAUUGAGAUAAUAAUAAUAUUAGUAACUAGUAAUACUGACCACGUGUGUUUCAUCAUGCUUCGUGCAUUUUGUAGCGUUCGUACAUUUUCCACAAUAUCAACGUUUAAGAAGUGUUCAGUGAACUGUAGGAGAUUCGGUACUGAAACUAAAACUCUAGUUUAUAGCGAUGAAGUGUUAGAAGCUAAGAAAAAUGAUACUCCGAUUGUCGCGUUGGAAUCAACUAUAAUCACACAUGGCAUGCCUUAUCCCGAUAAUUUAGAAACAGCUUUAAGAGUUGAAGAUGUUGUCAGAAACCAGGGAGCAGUGCCAGCGACAAUAGGAGUUUUGGAUGGCAAAGUAUGUGUUGGUAUUAAUAGGGAAGGCUUGGAAAGGCUCUCUGUAAGUGAACGAGCAAAGACUGUUAAAUGUUCACGCAGAGAUUUCCCCUUUGUCAUUGCAAACAAGCUGAACGGUGGUACUACAGUCAGUGGAACAAUUCUAGUUGCAAAUAUAGCAAAUAUUCCAAUCAUGGCUACCGGAGGUAUUGGAGGAGUACAUCGUUAUGCUGAAUUAACAUUUGAUGUCAGUGCUGAUCUUACGGAACUGGGCCGCACACCAGUUGCAGUCGUUUGUGCCGGAGUUAAGGCAAUUCUUGAUAUUCCCAAAACCCUAGAGUUCUUGGAGACUCAAGGAGUUCCUGUAGUAACGGUAGGGGAUGGGAAUACAUUUCCAGCAUUCUAUUGCCGUGAGACAGUAAACAAAAUAAAAUCUCCUUAUCGUGUUGCUAGUCCUAAAGAUGCAGCAAAUUUGAUCAAGGCGCACAGAGAACUUGCUCUUGAUGGCGGAAUUUUGUUUGCUGUACCAAUCCCUGAAGAGUAUUCCCUAGAUCCUGGGGAAAUGGAAACUGCUAUCAAAACGGCGUUGAGAGAUGCAGAGCAUAAAAAUAUCACAGGAAAAGAUGCGACUCCAUUUCUUUUGCAAAGGCUGACUGAAAUCACUGCGGGACAAUCCCUUCGGUCUAAUAAGGGAUUAAUUGAAAACAAUGUAAAAGUAGCAGCCGAGAUGGCAGUUCAUCUUUCUAUCAUCAAGAAUGCACAAAACAGCAGUCAAAAUAUUGAGACAGUACCAAGGAGUGAGAAAUCUGGGCCUAUAGUAAUUGGUGGGGCAAUUCUGGAUACAGUUGUGCAGUUAGCUGAACCAUCGAUAAAUUUUGAUGGAAGAACCCACGACGGAAAGAGCCGUGAGAGUUGUGGGGGUGUCGGCCGAAAUGUUGCUGCUGCUUUGAUCAACUUAGGAGUUAAAGAAACUAAGUUAUUAUCCGUUGUUGGGGAUGACAAUCCGGGAAAGACUCUAAGACAAAGCCUCCAGGGUAGGGAUGGCAUGGUGGAAGUACGAAAAGAUGUUAACACGGCUAGAUAUGUGGCAGUGCUUGAUUCUGUUGGGGAAUGCAAAUUCGGAAUUGGUGAAAUGACAGCUCACGAAGCAAUUUCCCCAGACCUUGUUCAAAAGUAUCGUUCUCAGCUGGAGAAAGCUGCAAUAUUAGUCCUGGAUGGCAAUCCACCAUUGGCAACAAUUCUGGAAGUUUUGAGCAUAGCUGCCCCACUUACCAUUCCAGUUUGGUACGAGCCAACCGAUUUGAGAAAAGCAACAAAGAUUUUUCAAACUAAUGACUACUGGAAAAAUUGUCUUCACUUCAUUUCACCCAACCAGAACGAAUUGAUCGCUAUUGCAAGAUAUUUCAACAUUUCUGUACCUCUUAACUCUGAAAAUUUGGAUCUGGAGACAGUAAUGAAAAUUGCAGCACAGGUUGCUCAACAUGUUCCAGUUGUUCUGACAACGCUUGGCUCUCAAGGGUUACUGGUCUCUCGAAAGGCAGACAUGAUUGAACCAUUUUACAAUGGAGACAGGCAAUUGAUACAUCACGAUAGUGCCGAAGUUCAGACACGACUGUAUCCUCCAAUAUCUCUUUCUACCGACAGUCAGGAAAGAAUAGUCAGUGUUAGCGGUUGCGGAGACUGCCUAGUCGCAGGUGUAAUUCGUGGGAUCCAGGAGGGAUUGGACGAAACUAGCUGUGUGAGACUGGCUCUGAAAGCUGCGUCCAUUUCCCUUACGUCCUUUGAUCCCGUUCCAGCUUCACUUUCUUCCAUCAAAAUGUCUAAAUAUUCCAGUUAAAAUAAUGAUCUGAGUUUGCAGUAAUGAAGUACACAUAAUUUAGUCUACUUUGUGAUCUGCAU